AUGAAGCCCAUCGUCUCAGCUCUGGCAGCUGCCCUGUUUUCUUCUCUCCUUCUUCCCUCUUUCGCUGUGCCCCAGGCUCAAUCCCGGUGCCGCUGCACAUACGACCAGCCCUGCUGGCCGUCCGCCGCCGCCUUCGCCGCGCUUCAAACCGAGCUCUCGCAACCGCUCCUGCACCCCGUCCCCACCGCCGCGCAAUGCUACCCCUCCUUCUACCCCUCGCUCUCGCCCGCCGCCGCGGCCCAGGCGGCGGCGCAGAACUGCGCGGGCGUGGUCGCGAACUACACGGACUCGCGCUGGCGCGCUGGACAGCCGGGGAGCAUGCAGGCGCCGAACUGGGAGGCGCAUGUACUGGGGAACGGGUCGAUUGCGGCGUGUUUCGCGGACACGGGUAUUGAGGGGUGGUGUGCGCAGGGGGGUGUGCCGGUGCGUGCGGUGGAUGCGCGGACGGUGCGGGAUGUGCAGGCGGCGGUGCGGUUUGCGGGGGAACAUGGGCUGAGGAUGGUUGUUAAGAAUACUGGGCAUGAUUAUGUGGGGAGGAGUGCGGGGGCGGGGGCGUUGAUGGUGUGGACGCAUCAUAUGAAGAAUAUCUCGUAUGAUGCUGCGUUUGUCCCCGAGGGCGGGUCGGCGAACGAGACCCUCUUUUAUUCAGCAUUCACGUUUUCUGCCGGCGUCCAGUGGUUCGAGGCGUACGCCGCAGCAAAAGCAAAAGGACGACUCAUUGUUGGUGGGUUGUCAGCUGGUGGCUCCGUGGGUGCAGCUGGUGGAUGGAUCCAAGGAGGCGGACACAGUGCUCUGUCGUCGACCUACGGUCUCGGCGUCGACAAUGCCAUCCAAAUGACAGUCGUCACGGCCAACGGCACAUAUCUCACCGUCAACAAGCACCAGAACUCGGACCUCUUCUGGGCACUGCGCGGCGGUGGCGGCGGGACCUUCGGCGUCGUCACCUCAGUUACGUACCGCACCUAUCCGUCUGUGCCCGUCGUCGCCGCGUUCUUCAACGUCACCUCGCCGACGGCGAACCGCACACUGAUCCAGGACCUGCUCACCGAGUCCUACUCGAUGCUGCCCGCGCUCGCAGACGCAGGGUGGGGCGGAUACGGACACGUGGCGAACGACACGCUGCAGUUCUUCUACAUGUCGCCGCGCGCGUCGUGGGCGGAGGCGAACGCGACGUGGGCGCCGCUGUUCGAGCGGGUGUAUAAUCUGAGCGCGGCGGGGGCGCUGCACGUCGGCGGGGCGUUCACGGUCGCGCACGACGAUUUUUAUGCGCUGUAUGAGCAGGCGUUUCCGGAUGCGGAGGGGGAGAAUGGGGGGAAUGUGAUUAUGGGGUCGAGGUUGAUUCCGCGGGAGGUGGUGGAGAGGAAUAAUACGGAGAUUGCGAGGGCGGUUUUUGAUACGCCUGGGAUGACGUGGAACUUCGUCGCGGGCGGACAGGUCGCGAAAGCGGACCCGGACUCGGCGGCGGUGAACCCGGCGUGGCGCAAGGCGCUCGUGCACAUUGUGUGGCUCGCGGCAUGGGAGGACGGGACGUCGUCGGAGGACCUGACGCGGCUCGCGGAGCUGGUGGGGGCGCAGUCGCGGGCGAUGGCGGCGCUCACGCCGGGUUCAGGGAGCUACUUCAACGAGGCGUCGCCGUUCGAGGAUGAUUUUGAGACGACGUUCUUUGGGAGGCAUUAUGAGCGGCUGAAGGCGAUCAAGGAUGAGGUGGAUCCGGGGAGGCUGUUUGUGGUUAGGCAGGGGGUGGGGUCGGAGGAGUGGGAUGGGCAGCUGUUGUGUCGGGUUUGA